AUGGAGAAUCUACAUACCUCGAGCCUCGUCGCGCGCGACUCCACCGGCCGCCCGCCCGUCUACAAAGCAGUCGGCAUCUCACUCGCCGUCGCAUCAGGCGUAUUCAUCGGCGUUUCGUUUGUGUUGAAGAAACGCGGCCUCUUGAAGGCUAACGUCAAAUACAAUGAAGAAGCAGGUGAGGGAUACGGUUACUUGAAAAAUUUCUGGUGGUGGACGGGAAUGACGCUUAUGAUCCUUGGGGAGAUCUGCAACUUCGUCGCAUAUGCCUUCGUCGACGCCAUUCUGGUUACUCCCCUUGGCGCAUUAUCAGUGGUCAUCACUACCAUUCUGUCCGCGAUUUUCCUGAAAGAACGACUCAGUUUCGUUGGGAAAGUGGGGUGUUUCUCCUGUAUCAUUGGAUCCGUGGUGAUUGCCAUGAAUGCGCCGACGCAGUCGUCUGUCAGUGAUAUCCAAGAGAUGCAGAAAUUCGUUAUCAGCCCUGGGUUUUUGUCAUAUGGGGGUGUCAUUCUGGUUGGGUCGGCUAUUACGGCCAUCUGGGUUGCACCGAAAUACGGCAAGAAGAGCAUGUUUGUCUAUAUCGGCAUUUGCAGCUUAGUCGGUGGAUUGAGUGUGGUUGCGACACAGGGACUUGGGUCGGCUAUCCUGGCUCAGAUAAAUGGCGAGGAGCAGUUUAAGCACUGGUUCCUUUAUGUUCUGUUUGUGUUUGUGGUUUGCACACUGCUGACGGAGAUUAUUUAUCUCAAUAAAGCGUUGAAUCUCUUCAAUGCUGCGCUCGUUACUCCGACUUACUAUGUCAUGUUUACCAGCUCCACCAUCGUCGCUUCGGCUGUAUUGUUCCGGGGUUUCAAGGGCACCGCGAUCGAGAUUACUACGGUCAUCAUGGGCUUUUUGCAGAUUUGCUCUGGUGUUGUUCUCUUGCAGUUGUCCAAAUCUGCCAAGGAUGUUCCCGAUGCCGCCGUAUUCAAGGGUGAUUUGGAUCAAAUCCGUGAAGUUGCUGCGCAAGAAGAGCCUGAGUAUGAGCCCAAGGCAGACUCCAUUCGAGGCGCUGCAUCCAUCCUCCGUCGCAUCUCGACUACUCGUCGGGACGCAGAGGCUGAUGAGGCCCGUCGCUUUAUUCAUGAAAAGAAUCAAGACCUCCUCAAGCCCCCUGGUGAGAAUGAGAUUAUCGAAUGGGAUGGCAUCCGCAGAAGGAGGACCGUUAUUGGUGAAGGACCCACCAUGUCUCGAUCGGCCACUCCGCGCUCGCCAUCGUUCAAGCAACAGCUGCCCCCCUUGGGCAUGUCUCACUUCCCCGAUCCUGACAAUGAAGAGAAACAGCGACCUAAAACCAAUCAAAGUGGACACUCUUUCCUCAGCGACCUCCGGUCGCGGACAGGAAGUGUACUUCACCCCAAGUGGCGUUCUUUGAAUGAAACUGACGAGAAAUACCUCAACGCGAACAAUACCCCGGUGACGAUGACCGAAAUGACAGGUGGUGUCGUCGACACUGAAUACCAUGGUGCUGCUGACGAAGGUCUGGGAGCUCCUUUCCGUCCCACAGGCCGAGAGCGCAGUGACACACCCCGAUCCAUCCACUGGGCCGACGAGAAAGCCGAUGAUCGGGACUCUGAGUCUUCGAUUCAUGCUGCGCAACGCCAAUUCUCCUUUAACACCAUGUUCAAUCGAAUCAGGAAUGGCAGUCAGCACUCACACAAGCCUCCUGCAAGUCCGCCUCGGGGUAUUCUCCGCCGGUCGCAUCUCUCAGGUGGUGACUUGCGCAAGUCUGCUACUGAAGAGGAGCGUCUCGGUCUGGUAAAGGGUGACUCGCGCGCUUCUCAGCAGGAAGAGACUUUCGGUGAGAAGCUGGAGCGUUGGUCAACCAGCGAGUCCGGCCUUGACGAAGUGCAGCCCAUGCACCCCAGCCGUCCCAAAGCAGAUUCCGUCUCGAGCAUGUCCACAUCCGCGUUCCCUGCAUACGAGGACCACCAUGCGCUAUACUCCCACGCAAACGUCUCAAACCCGUACUACCUACCACCUAGCCGCCAAUCUGCAGCCUCACCAGAGCCCGUCGAUGAGCACGACUGGCAAAAUAUUGGCAACCACAACCGCACUAGGAGCAACUCCUCUCAAGCCCACGCUCGUGCCCCUCCACCCUCCUCAUCCUCCUUCUCCACCCACCGCAAUCCCAAUCCUCUUCCUCCUCUCCCUGACGAAAGAGCAUUCAGCGGUGAAUUAGGCAUGAGAUCCACCUCAACAGCUUCAUCCGACAUGGGUGUCACCUCGAUAACAUCCACCGAAGCCCGAGACGAUGACCACCACGCCCAGUCCCCGCCCAUCUAUCUCGCCCGACGACAGAGCGGAUGGAGGCGGCAUGUUUCCGAUUCUCCCAAUCCCGAUGGUGAUCACCCGGAUCAUAGAUCCGGGAACGGUGGAGCAUUCGUCUGA